UUAGCGUCUCCUUGUUCAACCUUCAUUACAACCACUAUGUCUUUCACACUCCUUAGGAUCGCUGCAUGCAGACGCGCAACCACGAAGUUUGCACGGCGGUACGCGACUGCGCCCGAGUCUCCAGUCAAGUCGCAGUCAAACUGGGCCCUAUAUGUCGCUGGUGCUGGUGCUGCAGGACUUGCCGGCUACGCAUAUCUUCAAACCAGUGAGAAGGCAACGUCGACGAAGCAGGUUCCUAAGCAAGAGAAGAGCCCUCUCGAUCCGAGCAAUUUCGUUGACUUUAAACUCAAGAAGGUCGAGCCUUACAAUCACAACACUUCAAAGUUCAUCUUUGAACUCCCGAACAAUGAAGCGUCUCUUUUGCCUGUCGCGUCCUGCGUUGUUGUUAAAGCCUCUGACCCCGAGGCACUCAAGGACAGCAAGGGAAAGCCUGUUAUCCGACCCUACACCCCAAUCUCCCCAUCCAAUGCUCCCGGAGAACUCACUUUCUUGAUUAAACGGUAUCCGCAGGGUCUUGCAUCUGUACAUAUACACAGCUUGAAGCCUGGAGAUACUCUGUCCAUCAAGGGACCAAUUCCUAAAUUCGAUUACAAGAUUCAUGAGUUUGACAAUGUUGGGCUCAUUGGUGGAGGAAGCGGAGUUACUCCGCUGUACCAGGUUCUAACGCACGCACUUUCUGACCCAUCAAACAAGACCAAGUUCACUCUGCUGUUCUCAAACGUCACUGAUAAGGAUAUCUUGCUCCGCGAAGAGUUCGACGCUCUUGCGAAGAAGUUCCCUGAAACCUUAAAAGUUGUCUACUAUUUGGAUAAAGGCGACAAAGACUGGAAAGGUGAAACUGGCUACAUUAGUAAGGAGGGUGUGAAGAAAUACGUAGCCGGACCCGAAGGUGGAGAAAAAGUGAAGAUCUUCGUCUGCGGUCCUCCUGGUCAGGUUGCUUCCCUUGCGGGCAAGAAGGAUGGGAUGAAGCAGGGCGAGCUGGGUGGCAUUCUCAAGGAACUAGGAUAUACUGAAGACCAAGUGUUCAAAUUUUAGAACCAUGCGAUUGCUUUCCCAAACCGGAACGUAGACGCCCAGCCAUCUGAAAAUCUGGAAGGGUAGUACUUAAUUUAAGAUAGUAUCUGUUAUCUAAGAUGAGCACAAAAAUCUAAUGGAAUGAGUUCGUUGC